GAAGUACAGUGCAGAGAAAUGAACUGAGCGCUCUGCAGCAGUCACAAAGGGAAAUUCCUCCACCCCGAAAGGGACAAGACUUGGCAGACAGCAGCACAGAUUACCCUUCUACCGCCCGCUGGCUGACCUGCCCGGCUGACCUGCCCGGCUGACACCGAGGAUGGCUCAGAAUGAUGCAGACUCGCGGAGGAAUGGGGGAUACGGAACUAUUCAAAGGGCCAAUGAGGACAGCGAGAGAACCUACCUGGAUGAGAAGAUUCCCGUUCCCGCCACACACACGCCCGGCUUCAGCUUUCGCAAGCUCUGGGCCUUCACUGGGCCUGGGUUCUUGAUGAGUAUUGCCUAUCUGGAUCCUGGAAAUAUCGAAUCGGACCUGCAGUGCGGGGCAAUCGCUGGAUUCAAGCUCCUGUGGGUUCUGCUUGGCGCUACUUUGCUCGGAUUGGUGUGUCAGAGGCUAGCGCUGCGGUUGGGUGUGGUGACUGGCAAAGAUCUGGGACAAAUCUGCCACGAUUAUUAUCCAAAGGUCCCUCGCUUGAUAUUAUGGAUUUUAGUGGAAAUCGCCAUUAUUGGUUCAGAUAUGCAGGAAGUCAUUGGUACCGCCAUUGCAUUCAGCCUCUUGUCAUCUGGGCGGAUUCCAUUAUGGGGCGGAGUCCUAAUUACCAUCGUCGAUACAAUAUUCUUUUUGUUUCUUGAUAAAUACGGUCUGCGGAAACUUGAAGCUUUCUUUGGCCUCCUGAUCACUAUAAUGGCGAUCACUUUCGGCUAUGAGUAUGUGGUGGUUCAUCCCGACCAGAAAGAGGUGAUAAAGGGAAUGUUCUACCCGUACUGCUCCGGCUGUGGAUCUGCCGAGUUACUCCAAGCCGUGGGAAUCAUCGGAGCCAUCAUCAUGCCGCACAACAUCUACCUGCACUCCUCCCUGGUCAAGUCUAGAGAAGUGGAUCGGAAGAAGAAGGAGGAGGUGAGCGAAGCCAACAAGUAUUUCCUCAUCGAGUCCACCAUCGCUCUGCUCGUCUCCUUCCUCAUCAACCUCUUCGUCAUGGCCGUGUUUGCCGAGGCGUUUUAUAACAAGACCAACAUGGAUGCCUUCAAUGAAUGUCAGAAUAGCAGCAGUCCCCACAAAGACGUCUUCAAAAACAACACUGAGCCCUUGACGGUGGACAUCUACAGCGGGGGUGUUAUCCUGGGCUGCUUUUUUGGACCCGCUGCUCUCUACAUUUGGGCUAUUGGCAUCCUGGCUGCUGGGCAGAGCUCCACCAUGACAGGAACAUAUGCUGGACAGUUUGUGAUGGAGGGUUUCCUGAACCUGAAAUGGUCUCGCUUCUACCGGGUCCUCUUCACCAGAUCCUGCGCCAUCAUACCUACCGUGUUUGUGGCCGUGUUUCAAAACAUCCAGAGCCUGUCGGUGAUGAACGAUCUACUCAACGUUCUUCAAAGUAUUCUGCUUCCCUUCGCCCUGCUCCCGGUUCUCACCUUUACCAGCAUGCGGCCUUUGAUGCACGAUUUCACCAACGGCAUAAUCGGUAAACUGGUCGCCAUCUUGCUCACUGUACUGAUCCUCGCCAUAAACUUGUAUUUUGUGGUGAUUUACAUCCCAUCAGUGAAAUACAUUGGCCUGUAUGUGCUGGUUGGAUUUAUUCUCCUAUUUUAUGGCCUCUUCACGUUAUACCUGUUAUGGACAUGCUGCCUUGCCCACGGAGCUCACUUCCUGUCCCGUGGACGACACAUGCAGUUCUCCUAUGGACAGCCGGAAUACUACAACAUCCCCCCGGGGUUACGGCAAUGAGGCGCGUCUAUGGUGGACCUUCUUCAUUGGACACUAUAUAUAUAUCGCUGAGAUUUUUGCAUACUGAAAUGUGGAUGUGACAGAUACACGCAAAGCUUUACUCCCGAGAAGCUCGGUGAAUUGACGUUUCCGAUAGUUCCAUUACAUUAGAUAUUGCACUUUGCUAUAUAUGGCUGCGCCAAUGACUAAACCUGGUGCGCCCUCUUGUGUCAAGAGUCUGUUCUGCAGGUCAGAGGGAGCCCAUGAUACAUUUAUGAGGGCUGCAAUGUCUAAUGUGCAUACCUGGGAACUUUCCAGAGUGGGCUGGGAUUGGGAUGGGGAAAGGGGAGGGGCUAAUAGCAGUUCGCAAAACUUGAACUAUUGGUUUAAGACCAUUUUCACAUUAACCACUUAAGCCCCGGACCUUUAGGCAGCUUAAUGCCCAGGCCAGGUUUUGCGAUUCAGCACUGCGUCG